CAUGUCUCCACGCAGAGAGGAUCGGGAAGCAUACUGAUCCGAGAUGUUGUCUUCAUCUACCACCUCUAACUCCACCACCUCUGACCCCAAACAUGUUGCCCUGGAGACCUACUGGAGGGAAGUACACAGCAUUGAGGAAGAGAAGGAUGGGGAAGAAGAAGAGGAGGAAGAUGAGAGAAAGAGUAUGGAUGAGGUGGAGCUUGAGGAGGCGUGGCUGACAGAUGCGGGGUUGGCUUCCCUGGUGACGGGCUUGCCAUUGGCAGAUGAGGUGCCACCGCCAGCUGAGGUGCUGCUGUCCACUUUGACACAUCAACAAGCAACCACUGUGAGGAAGAGGCUGGAUAACUAUAACGAGACACUGAAGAAGAGAAACAGACAGCCAAUCAGAGAUGUCCGGGAUAUCUUCACUGAGCCUGACGACCCAGCAGACAGAUGUGUGUACCCCCACUCCCAUCAUGCUGAACCACCACCAAGUCGAUACCACACCACCACCAAGACCAUUCGCCGAAAUACUUCCAGAGUACGACCAACUCUACCCGUGUUGGCUGUUGAAGAUCAACUACCAGAGCACCCCUCACCCCCCUCAAACACAGACUCUCUGCAUCACGCAAACUCUCCAGGAAACAAAUGCUCUCCGACACAUGUCAUCGACACAAAUGUUCUGACACACGCACAUUCUCCAACACACACUGACUCUCACAAAUAUACCUCUUCCCCUCCUCACACACACUCGUCCCCCGUCAGUCAAUUGAUGCAACCUGACUGGGUGCUGCGGGACUCUCCAUAUUCAGAAGGUGUGGCUGAGCACAAAAGGGGCAAGGCUUGUUGGGACUGUUUACGUUUCCAUAGAGACAACAACAGUGAGCUGCAGUUUGCAUCUAUCCCUCCCUCUCAGGGUCUUAGCUGUGCAGGCGACCUGUCGUCACGUGACCUCACACAGCUGUGUUUCAUCUCGCACAUUGAGCUCACAACCUUCCUGAUGACUCUGGGCAUCCACACCAAACGCACACGUCCUCCACGCUGCAGGAACCGGGACAGUGGUGUGUUUGGCGUUCCUCUGAACACGCUGUUGGAGAAAGACAGGAAGAAGUUUCCUGGGGUCAAAGUUCCUGUCGUGUUCCAGAAGUUGUUGUGUAUCUUAGAGCAAACAGGCCUGUUGACUGAGGGGAUUCUCAGAGUACCAGCAUCAGCUGCUAGAGUCAAGUGCCUUCGUAGAGAAUUAGACAGGUGCUAUGAGGGAUUUGACUGGUCUGCGGUGAGACAGGUGGACGCUUCCAGUCUGUUGAAGCUUUUCAUCAGAGAGCUGCCAACCCCUCUGCUGACACACACACACCUGUCCACCUACCGCUCUGUACUGAGUAUCCCCUCUGAGCUCCAUCAGGUUCAGGCCCUGCAGCUGCUGACGCUGCUUCUUCCAGAAGCCAACAGAGAAAUUCUGAGAGCUCUGCUGGUCUUCCUCCGUAUGGUGGUCUCUCAUCAGGAUCAGAACCGUAUGUCUCUGUGGAAUGUGUCCAUGGUGAUGGCACCCAACCUGUUCCGUCGUCACCAUGGAAACAAGCGCUCAAUUGCUAAACGAGAUGAGAUGGAGGAGGCAGUGGGUGGAGCUCAGCUGAUCCGGCUGAUGAUCAUUCACCAGGACUUGAUUUGGACCGUCCCCAAGUUUCUACUGUCUCAGGUGAGACAGAUGAACCAGGUGUCCAUUCAGAAACAGCUUGGCCUGAGCUGGACCAGUAGACUUUUGAGGAAGAAGAAUGACAAGAAUGAAAGAGAUCAGAUCACAGAGCUGUGUGAAGGUGUGAUCAGAGUUCAUGCUCCUCUACACACCAAGAUUUCCAUGGUGAUACAACUUGAGGAACAGACAACAGCCAAGGACAUAACGUCCCGCUUCGAGUGUGAGAACAGUCCAGUUCAACAUCUGUAUGAAGUUGGAGGAAACAUCUGUGAGCGUCGUCUUCAUCCUGACUGUGUUCUGUUGGAUGUUUACAAAGUUAAUCCCCACUGUGAUUGGCUAAUUAAACCCUGACAACCUGUCUCAGAACCUGUUUCAAGUGUCUCACCACCUCUCUCAUUAAUGCCUCCCCACCGGUCGACACAUGCACUACCACCUGUCUCAUUGCCCUCACUCCACGUCUCAGCUCGUGUUUUUUGCUGUCACAAAAACACUGGCACCAGCCUCAUCACAUUUGUGACAAUCUCUCCCACAAGUGGAUCCAAACUUCCCUUUAUCAUGAACCACUUCCUUUGUGCAUACAGCAGCUGUUGGCAUGACAUCACAGUAACAUUGUCCUUUAUCGAACAAUUGUUCAGUCUGUUUUUUUUAAUCUUUCUGAAUUUGGUUUGUCCUGGCAGAUUAGUUACAUCUUCUCCUGCUCCGUUCUUUAUUUACUGCUGUUGUUUCUGUACAUCAGAACAAAUGUGUUUAUUAAUGAUGCUCAUAUUAAAACUUGAAUAUGUACUGAUGGCAAGCUGUCUCCACCUGCUGGUCAAUGUGUGUAAUUAAAGAUGAAGUCUUCUCUCUGUUUAUCUGGAAAGCAACAGAGAUGAAUGUAGAGAACAAUGUAUGAAAAUAGAGGAUACACCAAUAACAUCAAAUAAUUUAAUGUAAAUAAUAAGCAGACCAUACAGUAUAUAAUGAUACAUAAUGUAUCACUGAAAUCAGAGCAAACACUAGGUUCAAAUUACCACCGUGGUUUGUGGGCUCAACCUAGUCAUCGAGGUUACUAACCCAGUUGCUGUGAGCUUAAAGAUUCUCAGAACUACAUGCAUUCAUCUCUUUUAAUUUCUUACUGCAUGACUUAAACUGACUUAAAACAGCGUUUUACUCCUCAUUUGUUUUUUAUCGCUUUAGACCUUUCAAGUAGAAACCUCUAUCACAAAAUAAUUUGAAAUAGGCCCAACAUUGUAAUAUUAGUAUAUGCAUACACUGGCAUCCUCUUGCCCUGCCACCAUCAAGUGGUGAUCAGUCAACAGCUCUGUUCUCCUCUUCAAUCAAGUGUACAAGAAAUGCUGUAGAGCUGGUCAAAUGUGAUUACUAAAUUUACUCACUGAAUUGCAGCCUAUGAAUUUCUGCUGCAAGAUAGACUUAUGGUACAGGUAUGGGCCUUUUUAGGCUGGCCAUAGGCCUUCUUAUCAUCAUCGGCUGAAAAUCUCAAAUCAGAGCAACAGCAAAAACUGUGGAGAAUCCAUAAUCUGGUGCCUUGAAGACCAUGAAAGGAGGCUAACGUGGAUGACUGCAAAAAUCUUUUCUUGGUUGAGAUUUCCUUCACAACAUCUAACCAAGUCCAGAACAAUCUCAAGGAGGUCUACAAUCAAGGCACAGCUACAUGAAAUGGAGAUGGAGAAAACUGAGUGUUUACAACAAGGUGAAAACCUCAAAACCAAAGAACGCAUUGGGUUUAUUUUUGUGACCUGGAAGCAAAGUCUGUGUUUUAUACUGACUGUGAGAAAAAAACAAGUAAAGGUGAUGAUCACAUUCAAUGCAGCUCACUUCAUGCCGGUUUAUUUUUAUAGCAACAAUUCACAACAACAGUUGCUUCAAGGUGCACUGAAGAGAGGUCCUCAUACUCCACAAUGCUGAGGGGAAUGUCAGUGUUCUGAAAUGUCCAAGCUGGAGCUAUGAUCACAAGCCAGAGGU